CAAAGUCCGGACUAGAAAUUCAUCCUAACUUAACAAUGUUGAGGGUAGAAUAAGAGAAAUUCCCACGCCAAAGGUGCACUUUGUUAUGGAAUAUGAAAAAAUUCCCGCCAAUAUAAAACCUUUUCAUCCUCUGCAUUGAACAUUUGAAUUAUCCAAUUCCCUUGCAUCUCCCAUUUCGCUCAAUUUCCUCUCUCAAUCUCUUACCAAAACCUUGACGAAUUUUGUCAAAUUGAAGAUGUCGAAGGUCACAGUUUGUGCUCGAUUCAGGCCUUUGAGUUCCAGCGAGAUCAGAGAUCACGGCUCUUGCGUCAGUAUUCAUCGCAUCGACAACGAAUCGUUCAAUUUCAAGGUUAAAUGUUCCUUUUCUGAAGAAAAAUUAAAUGAAGACGCUGAUCGCAAAUCGCAUUUUUAUUUUCAUUUAAUUUCGUUGAUUUUUUUUUUUUUUGCUGAAAUUGGAUGUGUCUGCUUUCUGUUGAAGGAUGAGAAAGAUGGAGAUCUAUGUUUCAGCUUUGACAAAGCAUUCUACGAGGAUUCUGCUCAAGCUAGUGUAUAUGAAGCUUUAGCUUUGCCGAUUGUUCAAGAUGCAGUUAAUGCAAUUAAUGGGACAAUCCUCACUUAUGGUCAGACUGGAGCUGGAAAGACUUAUAGUAUGGAGGGAGCUGGCAUCCUCAAGUGUGACGCUGAAAGGAAAGGUCUGAUCCCAAGAGUUAUAGAAGGACUUUUUGAGAUGAUCAAUUCUUCACACGGAGCAACUGCAUAUUCAGUUAAAUUGUCAAUGGUUGAGAUUUACAUGGAAAAAGUGAGGGACCUAUUUGAUAUGUCGAAAGAUAAUAUUCAAAUAAAGGAGAGCAAAUCACAAGGAAUUAUACUGUCUGGAGUCACUGAGAUCCCUGUGCUGGAAGCUGCCGAAGCAAUGCAAAUCCUAUCUAAUGGAAUUGCUAAUAGAGCCGUUGGAGAGACUCAGAUGAACGUUUCUAGCAGCAGAAGUCACUGCGUCUACACAUUUACAGUUCAACAGGAAACUCCUGUUGAUAAGAGAACUAAAACAGGGAAACUGAUGCUUGUGGACUUGGCUGGCUCUGAGAAAGUGGGAAAAACUGGAGCAGAAGGACGACUUCUGGACGAGGCCAAGACUAUUAAUAAAUCCCUUUCUGCCCUGGGGAAUGUUGUGAAUGCAUUAACAUGUAGCCCACAGAACAAGUUAACCCACAUUCCUUAUCGUGAUUCUAAGCUUACUCGAAUACUACAAGAUGCAUUGGGAGGUAGCUGCCGAAUGGCAUUGCUAUGUUGUUGUUCGCCAAGCCCUUCAAAUGCAUCUGAGACUCUAUCCACCCUUCGCUUUGGUGCAAGGGCACAACACAUAAAAGCAGCACCUUCUGUAAUCCUAUCUGAAGAUAAAAUCAGCAGGACACAAGAAUCUACUAUUCAGAAGAAAGAUUUGGAAUGCGAGAGAAUCUUGGACAAGCUGAAAGACAGAAUUGGUACUGAGGAAGUGGAGUUGCUUGAAGAGCUGCUAAUACUAGAGGGAAUUAUGUUCUACCCAGCUCCAACUGAAGACUUGAAAUUGGAUUAUGACAAUGUCACAUCAAAAAUUAUCUCAUCCUUGCAGAAAGCUUUAAAAGAGCUUGCUUCCACAGCUGAUGAGUAAGCUGAACUUGACCGCAAAUACAAUUUAAAGAAGCCACAUAAGCCACAUCUUCUCACACUCCAAUUUUGUGUAAUCCUAACACAAGCUUGAAAUUGGAUUCCCCCAAAAGUUCCCAGUCAAGCACUUUGUCUAGUCUAUCUUUUAAGUCAAGUACGUAAUAUUUUUUUCAUUUAUUCUGCUACUGAAAUAUUCUUUCGUGCACUUUGUUAAAACUGCUAUUUAGGUUUCACGUUCUUCCUCGAAUACCAAUUCAGUUCAGAUAAUGCUAAAAUUCAAGUGUCUGACCUGAUAUUAAAAGAAAGAAUAAGCACUAAUACUGUGACAGAAAGCAACUUUUGCUGACUUACAGAAUGUGCUUAUAUCAAAGCAGAGAACCAUAAAAUGAAGCAUUGAUGAGGUGUUCUGAUAGCCUCCUAAACCACCUGACGAAAUCUGACAAUCUCCCUCUCUGACAAUAUCUCAAGAGCACCAGCUGUACUAAAGUCUGCCAUUAGUCUAGAUUUUGGCUUCACAAAGAUCUUAAAUAUGGACAGUCUUCUCUCACAUCCAAGAAGAACUAGUAGCAAGUAGUAAAUCACACAUUCAUACAAAUAGUCUCUAGGGAGCAUUUUUGACCCAAUUAAAAUUGAUAAUAGAUAUGUAAAUGUAAGUAAUUUAUCAGUGUAUAGAAUUCUUAUUUAUCUACAAUCAAAUACGACACAAAUAUAGUUCCAACUAACCAAUGACAUUGAAAAUUUUGGGCCUAAAUAAUUAAGAGUCAAUUAACUGCUUUUCUGCUGCAUAGGUAAGAGUCUAAUCCUAAAUUCUGCCCUACACUUAGCUUAGGCAGAGUAGGUACUUAUAGAUGUGAGUGAGGAAAACCCCAAGAUGUCAGCCUUUACCACUACUUAGAUCACCCACCUACAUACAUUUUUGAUGUCUGAGCAUUGGUUAUUAAACAGAGAUAAUAGACUAGCUACAAAGAGCUUAACAAACACAAGAUCUCUAGAAACAGCAAUCUUUUGCUGCAAUCACAACUUGCUGCUCUUUAGAAAGUUCCCUGGCAUUUUGAUACAUAACUGAGGACAAAAGUCCCCUAUACCGAGCAAUGAAACAAUAGCAAUCACUCUUUCUUCAAGAGAUCUAUUUCUAAAGGAUGACAUGAAUGACACGGAACACUGAAAACGUAAACAGGUUACAUUGCCACCUCUACUGUUUUUUUAUUUUUAUUUUUUUUAUUUUUUAUGGCUGUAUCAACUGUUCAACGAUUUGCAAAAUCAUAUGAAGGAAAUUAAAUUUCAUCUUACCAACACAACCCCACUUAAUUUCAAUGAGUUAUGUUUGUUUGUUUUUUGUGCAUCUUUGAAUGGGUGAUUCGCU